GAGAGGAUUCACCAUCUCCUUCCCUACACAAGAUUCUAGGGUUUCCAUUCACCAUUCCGAAAUCCUUCCUCCGAAAAUCCCCCCAAAUCCCUCCAUGAAUGCCGCCAUUAUUAGAAGAUCUCGAAGCAUCGGCCACCUCUUGGAACCUCUCGCCGCAACCCUCCGUUUCCAUGCUCCUCUUCUUCUUCCAUAUCCAAAGCCAAUCCACUCCCAACCCAAUGAACCGGUGGCUUCGGAUUGGUCAGCCCCAAUCUCCAACCUUUUGAACAGAGGAGGAAGCUGGGACAGCCUAAGUUCCAGCUUCGGAUCCACUGAACUAACUCAAUCCCUCGUAGAGAGAGUGCUUCUUGAUCUCAAGGAACCCUUGGAUGCCAAAAAGGCGCUAACUUUCUUCCACUGGACCUGUCAAUUUCGGAAAUUCCAGCACGGGCUCAAGUCUUACUGUCUUAUAGUUCAUAUUCUUGUUCGUGCUGGGCUUCUGAUCGAUGCCCGGGCGCUACUUGAGUCGGUGAUAAGGAAGAACGCGGAAGCUGGGAAUCCAAAUUCUUUAGUUGUUGAGUUGCUUUUGAGUACUUACGAAGCUGUCCUUCCCGGUCCCCGAGUUUUUGAUCUUUUAGUGCAGACCUACUCAAAGAUGAGGAUGGUUGAGCUCGCAUUUGAUGUUUGCCGAUGCUUGGGAGAUCAUGGGAUAAAUCCGAGUCUCAUUAGUUUCAACAUUCUGUUGCAUGUUGCACAGAAAUCCAAUAAAAAUGAGUUGGCCUGGAUGGUGUUUGAGUAUAUGAUUGAGAGGAGAUUGUAUCCAAAUCAAACUACAGUCGAGACCAUGAUAAAUGUCAUGUGCAAAGAAGGAACUUUGGGAAAGAUGAUGAGUGUUUUAGAUCGAAUUCAUGGGAAGAGAUGUGCUCCAGGUGUUAUUGUUAAUGCUACAUUGGUUUUUCGGAUAUUUGAGGAGGGUAGAGCUGAAGAAGGGAUGGUGUUGUUGAAGAGAAUGUUGCAGAAGAACAUGGUGUUUGAUGAUGUCGUGUAUUCUUUGAUCAUAUUUGCUUACUGCCAGAUGGGUAAAUUGGAUUCAGCCUAUGAGUCACACAAUGAAAUGGUUCGUAGAGGAUGUAACUUGAAUGCCUUUGUUUAUACGUCGUUUAUCAGUGCUCAUUGUAAGGAGGGAUGCAUCGAAGAGGCUACUCAAUUGAUGCAGGAGAUGCAAUCCAUGGGCUUGAAGCCAUAUGAAGAGACCUAUAGUUAUCUUAUAGUCGGGUGCAGUAGACUAGGGAGAUUGGAGGAGAGCUUGAAUUAUUAUGAGAGAAUGCUCAAAGAUGGGAUUUUGCCUACUUGUGAUGCUUGCAAUGAGAUGUUGGGCAUGCUCUGUGAAGCUGGAAAUGUUGAGAAGGCCAAUGAGAUCUUGACGAUUCUGUUAGAUAAAGGAUUUGUUCCUAAUGAAGAGACGUAUUUGAAACUCGUUGAUGGUUAUGGGGAGAAUGGAAAUGCUCAAGAUAUUCUCAAAAUUUAUUACGAAAUGGAGCAUAGAGGAAUUAAUCCUGGUCUUGAAGUUUAUGCUUCAUUGGUUCGAAACCUUUGUCCAUGUGGGAAGUUGAAGGAAGCUGAAAAAUUUUUAGUUGUUAUGGGUAGAAAAUCACUGGAUCCUUCUAGCUGUAUAUACGAUGAACUGAUAACAGGGUAUUGUGAAAAGGGUGAUACAAAGAGGGGACUUUAUUUUUACGAUGAGAUGAUUGGGAAAAAGCUCCAACCUUGUCCCCGCACCUUUAUGCUUUUAGUGAAGAGAAUGUUUGAAGAUAGAUCUGUUCAAUGUAAAGGCAAGGCAUCGGAAAAUCUCAAGAGCCAAUGGUAAACAUCCUGCAUAAUUGUAUGUUCUAUAUUUGGAAAAGCAUAUAUUCGCAUUUUUGAAGUUUGGCAUAGUAUUACUGAGUCUGCUUUAAUGUCUUCAUAAAGGAAUUUGGUUAAUCAUCAUUGAAUUAGCGUCAAAACAAAAAGGGUAGAACCUGAAUGGCAGGAGGCAAUGGACUGAAGGCACCUGUCCGAGCACAAGGAGAUUCUUACUGAAUGCUUGUUAAGAACCAUGAGCUUUGGAUGGUUCCAAAUAUAAUUAUUAAAUUUUUGAUUGUGGGAGGUGAUAUCAACUACACUGUCCAAGAGAUGCAGAUUUCCUGCAUGUAAUCGAUAAUUUGCCAAACUUGUUUCCUUCUUUGACCUGUUAAAGUAUGCUUAAAUGAAUUAAUCCUUCCUCCUUACAUUUAAGCCACAAAUGGUUUGUGUGAAGCAGAGGGCAACCAAGCAGAGCCUAUGCUGUGAGAACUAUUAUUUCCAACAUUAAUUGGACAGAAAGAGUAUCAUGGCAUAAUA